AUGGCCUUUGUUUAUUAGGCUGAAAGAGAUCUUAAUCAAUCGGCAACUUAGGUUCCAGCUAAUGUACUUAUGAAUCAUGAGAGAAUAGGUUGGCCCAGGGACAUAUACCUUGUUGAAAAGUCAACCUCUCAGAUAAUCAGUUGCACCUUUCAAUAGCCAGACACUUCGUAGCAAACCUAUUAAAUAGAACUCACUUCCAGGACCAGGGAGUUAUAAUGUCAAUUUUGUGAAUGCAGGGUAUGUAUUCUAUAGCACCUUAUAGAUAGAAGGUCGUGCUUCAAUCAACCCAAUCGGAUGUGCAAAUAUUGGAGAUGCCAAAGCAGCAUUCGGUGUUUGCUUCAAAAUGUCGGAGGUUUUAAGAGGGCUCUAAAAAUGAGAAUCCAGGGUAAAGCAUAUAUAUAUAAAUUGUAAUUCAGUCCUGGGUCAUACGAGCCUGAAGUUAUUCAACAAUAACGGUACUAGAUGGCCACUCAAGAGAAUUUAGUAGAAUAGUUAAUGAAGUUAAAUAAAUACAAGUCAAUUCCCUCCAUUCCAAGCAAUUCCCAAAUUCAUGGGUACACUGAUAAUGGAAGUAUUGAUCUAAAAUUAAACACAAAGCUCUGGAACUGAAUAAAAGUCCAUAAGAAAUCCUAUCAGGAUUACAGAAUGAUUCAGUUGGUCCAGGACAGUAUGACUUGAAGGACUUGUUUGAAUAAAACAAAAAUAAAGGGUUUAAUUGGCAUAAAUCAAAAUAACCCAAAUUAGCUCCUGUGGUAUCAAAGGAGAAAUAAUUACUGGUUGGUCCAGGCAAUUACGAUAUUCAAGAAGAUAAUCAACCUCUUUACAAGUUGAUGCCUUCAGGCUCAUUCCAAUCAAAAACCCAAAGAUUGUUCGAUAUGGAAAGAGGAUAGAAAGCUCGUAGUUUUAUGCGAUAUCAAUUUGAAAAAAAGAGAAAUCAACUGUUGUCCAGUCCACAAUUUGCUGAUCUUCAAGACGAGGAAAUCGAAUACAUAGAAGUUAUUCAUUAUUAAAUUCAUCUAGGAUGCCACUCCAGGUCCUGGAUAUUAUUAUAAAGAUUCCACAACUGCUUCGACCUAUUCUAAAUCAGCCACCAAAAUAGAAACAUAAUGUUUCGGUUCAAAAUAAAAAAGAUUUGGAGACGAAUAAGUGUCCACCUCCAUUGGACCAGGAGAUUAUAAAGUCGAUGCACAACUUGCCAAUAAGAGUCUAUCUUAUAAACAGCCACCAUUUAUGUCUUCCAAUAGUCGCUUUGAAGCUAAAUUACAAGAAAAAAGACCAGGACCUUAAACAUAUAAUCCCAAAUAAACUGUAAAUUGUUUACAUUAUAAGUUUUUCAGUUGGAAUAUAAUUUGGUUAAGAAAUUAGAAAGGGCCCCAGUUGGGAAAUUUGGAUACAACUAACCUAGAUUUGAUGAUAACUAAUUUUAAGUGCCAUAACCAGGACCUGGAUCAUAUGAUUUUAAUAGAAAGAGCCCAGAAAAAGGAGCAUAAUCAGUCUUUAAAUCUUCAACCAAGAGGGCAGGACCUGGAUCAUAGAGUAAAUCUGAGAUUCCUGCUCCUGGACAAUAUGAUCCAAAAAAUUAUACGAUUGAAUAUAAGACUAAGAUCGAGGAGGAGGAAGACCCUGCUCUAAAGAUCUAAAAACCUCCCUUUAUGUCAUCCAUGCCAAGAUUUUAGAAUAAGGAAGAAAAGAAAAUUGAGGAGCUUGAGGAAGAAGAAGAAAGCAUUAGAAAGAGUCCAUAGAAGGAAUCAUAUAAAUUGCCCUUUUAAGUCAAGAAGCAUGCACCUCCUUUCAACAUACAAGUUUUAUAUUUGUUUAUGAAAUUUACAAUAGGAAAAGCGAUUUUAGUAUGAGAAUUCUAAAAACUAAUCUCCAGGUCCAGGUGAAUAUCAUGAUCCAAAAAGGAAUCCUUGGGAUAAGAAAACUUACAACAUCCAAUUCUCUGAAAUUUGAGUAAUAAUACAUCAUACAAC